AUGACUGAAAUCCAAACCCCACCCACGACAAAGAUCAACACUGGCACUGAAGUGUCAAUGGUCGGUUUUGGCUGCUUCAACCCUGGCAACCCCCCCGGUAUAAUUCCUGGUAUCGAAGCUGCCACUAAGAUCGGCUACACCCUUUAUGACACCGCCGCCUUGUAUGAGAACGAAAAGGAAGUGGGCGAUGUACUUCGUGCCAGUGGCAUUCCUCGUGAAAAGCUCUUUGUUACUACAAAAUUAUUUAACGAUUGCCACCACAGUGUUGAAGCGUCCUUUGAUCGUUCGCUCGAAGCUCUCAACCUUGAUUACAUUGACAUGUUCCUGAUGCAUUGGCCUCAGGCCACUGUGCCUGGUCAAAAGUACGUGGCUGAUGACUCUAUCAGCUUUGUCGACACAUGGAAGCAGCUUGAGAAAUUACUCGAGACGCGCGCUGGCAAAGUAAAGGCUAUUGGCGUGAGCAACUUUAGUGUCAAGACUCUCACGGAGUUGCUCAAGCAUGCCAAGGUGGUGCCGGCUAUGAAUCAGGUUGAGACGCACCCUUACAACCAGGAUCGCGAGCUGGUCAAGCUCUGUCAAGAAAAAGGCAUCGUAGUAGAGGCAUACACGCCUCUUGGCUUUGCCGACUCGCCCUUCUUUAAAGAUCAGGACUUGUUGUCAAUUGCCAAAGAGAUUGGUGAUGAUGUGACAGUGCCCAAUGUCGUAUUGAGCUGGAACGUCCAGCGCGGUGUCAUUGUUUUGCCAAAGACCUGCACCCCUGAGCGUGCCAAGGAGAACUUUAGAAUCUUGCGUUUGUCGGAUGCACACAUGCAGCGCAUAUACGAUAUUGAAAACGACCCUAAGCGCCGCCACCAGCGUCUCUGCCAGGCGUACGACCCGAAGACCAAGACCGCGCUGGGCUGGACCUACGACCAGCUUGGUUGGAACAAGCCUAUCCAGAUGAUGGAAAACUGA